GACGAGGUCAUCGCAAGCGUCCGUGUUUUCGUCACCGACACUGACAACGAACAGUUGUUGUACACUGUGGGCGCUGACUUUGCUGUCAGCCUACUAGCACCAUGCUACGGUCAUUACUCUCACCGCUAAUUGGACCUUCCCCCAGUCAGCAAAGCUUCGUUAUCGAGGAGCAGGUGGAAGCUACUCCCGAGGAUUUCGCUAGGGAUGUUCUGGUGGAGGUCAUGCGGAACAGCGUCGAGAGGUUGAAGGUUGCGGAGGGGUUGAGCUCUCGAACGGAGGAGUUAACGGAGAUUCACAAAAUCAUGCUGGAGGAUGCUUGCACCAAGGAUGUGUUUCGCGAAAUGGACGGAUUCCUAGUACUCAUGAACAUCCUCUCGACUAUUCAACCCUCGCAUUCUUGGCCUAUUGCGGAGCCGGGGGACCAGAUUGUGACAGACGUCUUGGAAGCGACUAGACUCAUAUUCGCUAUUCUGGACGAAAGUCUUUACCAGCAUGAGCUCAAUACUACUUUCUUUGAGCGUUCUGUUGGUUACGAAUCUUUAUGUCAAGCCAUCCGUCCGCUUCUCUCAGACUUGAAGACCACAGAUCAAACACUAGGAUUUCUUCUUUCCCUUGCAAUGCACAACUUUGCGCUCUCCAGUGUCUUCCAAGCCCUCUCCACCUCCACUGAAUCGCUCAAAGACUACUCUGACAUGGAUCGGCAUAUAGAGACCCUGGAACCUAUGCUUCAUCAUGAUACAAUUCGAUAUCCUGGUGCUCUGCGUGUACUAUUCUCGUCUAUUCCCGACCUCCCGACAGGACCCAACGAAUCUGGUUCUAUGCGGCGGUACUUUGUAUACAAGCUCUUUGAACGCUUGUGCUCGCGCUCUCAUCGAAAUCAUGCUGUGACUGGAAGUCUUGACCUUGUGGCUCCGCUGUUCAAUGCGUUCUGUCCAUCGACUUCAUCUGACGAGAAGGGUGGCAAUAUCACUGCUUUACCUAAACCCGAGCGUCAGGUUUUACUUCGUUUACUCAAAAAGUUACUCGAGCUAGGAUGUUCUUCUGACGAUGCGAGGGUCAUGUUCCAACGUGCUCUCGUACCAAAGCAAUCUGACACUGUUGGCGACGAUUCUGCCCCUCAUCAGGAAGAUGCCCUCAAUGGGGAUGUCCUCGAGGUCCUACGAGCGGGUGUGAAAGCGCGUUGGCCGCAGCACUUCUCCUUUCGUGGUCCUUCAGGCGUCAAGGUCUUGGUCCCAACUCUAGAUAAGACUUUGUCCAAGACUGGUUUCACAUUCAUGCUGUGGUUGUGGAUUGAACAGUAUCCGAUUCAAAUUCAAGAUAUAGCCACUCUAAGAUUCUCACGUCCUGGGUCUCCGAUCUCGACACCGGCAUUCACGCUUCGUAUACAACCUGAUGGGUUUCUAAUGCAGCUUUGUCCCGAUUCACCAGAGACAGCGGCAUUGAAAGCACGAGUCCAGAAAGGCAGAUGGACUCAUCUGACAGUUAUUGCCCAACCUCACGGAAGCCGAGCAGACAAAUACGGCGCUGUAUUGUUUGUGAAUGGGGAUAUGACAGACUCACUGAAUAUCACUUACCCGAAAAUCGAAGUGGCUAGCAAGGAUGCUUUCGUUUUGGUUGGGGAUACGAGUGAAGAGGCGACCAUGCCGUGGUGCUUUGCCUCAGCUUAUCUUUUAGCUACGCCGAUAGGAGAUUCAAUACCUCGAUUCAUUCGACAUCUCUCACCUCGCUACACUGCACAUUUCCGUGCAGGUCCAGAGUUGGUGAAAUUCAUGACGUACGAAUCCGCUACUUCUCUGAGCAUCCAUAUUGCCAAUGUCAACGACACGUUGACCGCUCUUGGUCCAUCUCCUGAUAAGUCCCACAAGAAGAAGGCUCUGGAAGAGUUGAUGACAGCUGUUAAGAACGGCUUGACACUGGGCGAAGACGAUGUCAUAGUUUGCCUCACGCCAGGAGGCCACAAUGAACCUCGUCCUGGAAUCGCAAACGUGGAGGACGUUGAGGACGCUAAUUUGAAAAAGGUGUCCGUGGAAGGAGAUGUUUUCGAAGUUGUGACUACCCCACUCGACCUAUCUAUGUGGAAGCUCGGUGGUGCUGCAGUCGCAUUGGGAUUGCUUCAGUAUGCAAAUACCGCGCAUGAACUUUCACGUACCUUGAGUAUUUUGACUGGCGGUCUGAAAAACAGUUGGCAAAAUUCAGACGAUAUGGAGCGAAUUCGUGGUUACGAGAUCCUCGCAGGCAUCCUGAGGUCAAAGCCUCAACUGAUCAACAUGACUGGUUUCGAAACUCUAUCUGAGUUUCUUGGUAUGAACUUCCGAUCACCUGAUCAGUCGACUAUCACCAAUCCAUCCGCCUACCGUUAUUUGGCACUCGAUUUCCUCCUGUGGUCACGUACCCGACCUGAGAUCCAACGAGUUCACCUGGCCCAUUUCAUAACCCUUCUCGCAACCUCUAGUUACCAGAAGUUCAAUGCCUCUCAACUUGUCGCUUCGAAGCACAAUAUGGGUUUACUUCGCAAGUUGUUGUUUGUCCUGCAGACCGUUUGGUACGAUAUGGAGAUGGUCAAAGACAUCGUCCAAAUAUUGCGGGAGCUCAUAUUGAAGAAGUGGAACAGAGACGAUACCGUGAAGCCUCUCAUAGCAUACCUUGCCGCAAAUCUGCACGAAAUCGACGGAACUACUGGUACUGCUUCUCCUGGGUCUAUGAUUUCGCACAUCAGUCCACAUGCGAUAUCUCAACGCAAAGCUUCUCAGGUUCUCGCUAUGCUUGUCCUAGUGUUAUACUCGUCGCCGUCUCAUUACACGAAGCUCACGACCUAUCUUCCACUUCCUCGUAUUUAUCUACUCCUCCUGGGUACUCAUCCAACACCGUUUGAUGCUUCAAGAGUCUUACGCUUGAUUCAACUGAGCUUAUCGAGCACCAGCAGCUUUGGGCGCAAGUUCGAACUUGUCAGUGGUUGGAGUGUCUUGAGGAUUGUACUUCCGGAUGCAUGGGAUGAAGAGGUCAGAAUAGCCUGCUUCGACUUGCUUUUCGGACGUCAAUGGGCAGAAGUUACGAAAGGCAAAGGAACAGAAGAUGAAUCGACGAUUGUCGCAUGUCCGAAUAUCGUACCUGCAAUAUUUUCGGCACUCCAGGUGAGGUUGGACAUCUUGGGCGUUGGUAGAAGUCGUAAUGCAGAGGUUGCUGUAGAGGCUGCUUCACAUGCUGAACGCCUUCUCGAUGAACUGAUGCAAGUUCAUUCAGCGAGUUCAACCUUCCGCCAAGUGUUUAAAUCGCAAUCGACAACGGCGUAUUUUCUAGAUGCCUACAAGUCCUUUGUAGCUGCGCUCCGCAAUUCGACUUCACUAUUGGACCAAGCAACCAUUAGAAUACUAGAGAAGAUGUCGCAUCUCGGUCUCAGCAUCGCAUUGGAUACCGUGGUGGCUGCUGAGCAAAAAUCAGAGGUUCUUGAUCUAUUGCAAUUAGCUGAAACCGUGCUCAGUCCUGACCCGGCUCAUGAUGCAACAAUCGACCCAACGGUUAUUGUACCCAAAAGACCACGAAGAUCCCGUUUUGCAUCUUCGCGAUUUAGUAUACACAUCGGCGAGAAGACUGUCCGUCGUACCAUGACCCGUAUCGAAGAAUGGCGUAAAACGGUCUUCACAACAGAGAGGAAAAGAUUGCGACAAACGGUUCUUGACUUGCGUGAAGAACAUCGUCAAGUCGCAGGUCACACUGAGUGGCGAAGCCUACUCACGGAUGAGCGAGGAAUAUGGCCCACUCAUGCAGGAGAGCCAAAAUGGCGGCUAGACGAAACAGAAGGGCCGUAUCGUAUCAGAAUGAGAUUGGAACGUGACCUUGAGACGAUUAUCAACUCGAAGAUUGACUUGAGUCAUUCUCAAGACCGAAUAUAUGGGCCAGACCUGGAUAACCAAUCUGUGGUGCACACCGAGGUACCGCCAUGGGCUGAAUCGUAUGAUAUAGCUGCCGACAGCGAAGAUCGUCAGUUAGAUGAUGAAGUGCGCGAAGAUAAACAUCGUAGAAUCAGACAUGAACUUGAAGCGGACGACGUCAUUGAAGCCGUCACUACCGUGGCACGCAUUUCUGGAGUUGAUUCAUAUCCGGGCUUGCUGAUCUUCGGUCGCACACACCUUUAUAUGUUUGACGGGGUGGUUCAGAAUCACGAGGGGGAAGUCAUCGACGCAAACGAGGCCCCAAAAGAAUUAUUCUUUGUUCCCGGCAGUACCCCGGAGCUGAAUGGACCACAAACCGCUCAGAGAUGGAAGUAUGAUCAAAUUCUGAACUAUAGCGACAGAACAUUCCUGUUCCGAGAUGUUGCGCUCGAGAUUUACUUCCGGGAUAGUCGAUCUUUGCUCGUGGUGUUUCCUAAGAAAGCUGAACGGCAAGCAACCAAUGAGCGACUUCAUAACGCUAUUUCUGGCCGACAUCCCUCAGACUCGCUUACACCUGGUUACCUCAAGUCGCCACUAGUGAACCGUUUGAGUGCGAGAGUAUCUGCAACGGCCAGAGCCAGUGCUAAGGCGCUCAUGGGUUUCAGACUCGACGAGCUGUCCACUGCACAACGGAGAUGGCAAGCACGCGAAAUCUCGAAUUACGCAUACAUAAGUAUCCUGAAUCAACUUUCUGGUCGUACGCCAAGUGAUGCAACACAAUAUCCGGUAUUUCCUUGGGUCAUUAGUGACUACACGUCAACGACUUUGAAUCUCAAAUCGAAUAGCACUUUUCGAGAUCUCACCAAGCCUAUGGGUGCUCUUUCCCCAGCAAGGCGAGAAGCGGCUGAGACCCGUUACAAGAACCUGCAGAGUGUGGACGAGGUACCCUUCCAUUACGGGACGCACUUCAGCUCGUCAAUGAUAGUCUGCCAUUUCCUCAUUCGGCUCGCCCCGUUCACCAACAUGUUCAAGACUUUGCAGGGUGGUGAUUGGGACCUUCCUGAUCGUCUUUUUGUUGACAUGCAAAGAGCAUAUGAGUCAGCCUCUCAGGAUCUCAGAGGGGAUGUCCGGGAGCUGAUCCCCGAAUUCUACACCUGUCCAGAGUUCCUUGAGAAUUCCGCGAAUCUUGAUUUUGGAAUACAACAGAAUAACGGAGAGCGGAUACACGAUGUGAAACUACCUCCGUGGGCGAAGAAUGAUCCGCUUUUAUUUAUCAUCCUCAACCGAGAGGCGCUUGAAGGCGACUAUGUCAGCCAUAACCUCCCUGCAUGGAUCGACUUGAUAUGGGGUUGCAAGCAACGCGAUCCGGAAGCAUUGAAUGUCUUCCAUCCGUUGAGCUAUGAGGGUGCUGUUGACAUUGAGUCCAUCACAGACCCACUUGAACGAGAAGCUACUGUUGGGAUCAUCCACAAUUUCGGCCAGACGCCACGCAAGUUGUUCAACUCGCCACAUCCGGAUCGAAUGAUGCAUGGUUGUUCCACCCUACCGAUCGGUACAAUUUACGGUAUCUCCGAGGAUUUCCAUUUAUUAUCCCAAGGAAGCAAAGUGAUUAGAGAUCUUGGUCAGGGGAACGCAAUACACGAGCUCGUUGUCGACAACAUAGGCGAGAGAGUCAUACCUUGUACUCAGGGGCGAUUAGUUGUACCCUCAGCCCCUCACGAAGCCGUAGAGUGGGACAUCGGUAGAACGUCACCUGGCGAUCUUCGUGUACUUUCUGAUCGAAAGAUUGUUCAAGUUGUCGAAUCCGCUUUCUGUUUGUGCGCCACUUUUGCCGAUCCAGAUACGCUUGUGACUGGCUCUUUGGACUAUACUGUCCGUCUAUGGCAGUUAUCUCGCGGAAGUGGAGUGUCCAACACCCCUCGCUACGGGGAGUGUCCGUUGAAAGUCAUCCCCACUCACCUUAUGCGCUCGCACAGGGCUCCAGUCACUAGCGUAGCGGCAUCUAGAACUUGGGCUUUGGUCGUUAGUGGCUCGGAAGAUGGAAGUCUCGCAUUCUGGGACCUCAAUCGAGGGAACUAUGUGCGAUCAAUAUGGCAUGGCCAAGGUCGGGAGUGGGCGAUUCACCUGGCUGCCAUAAACGAAAGUACAGGCAAUAUUGCUUCGUGUUCACGAGACCGUCUGUGGUUACACACUAUCAACGGUCGACCCAUCGCUUCUCUUGAUUUGACUGGUCUUUCUGCAUCACCGGCGUAUCCGCCCAUCGCAUCGUUAGCAUUCCAUGAACGUGAAUACUCCCGGCAACCAGUCAUUGCAACUGGGGGACCCGAUGGUGCCAUCACUUUACGGACAUGGAAUGCAAACAACACACCGGAAGGUGCAAAAGCUCGAUGGGAGUUUGCAACGCUGCGAACAUUGAAGGUGAAGACUGCUGAUGGUGAGAGAAUGCCUCGACGAUCAGUUCCCUGCGUGACGGCUCUGCGCUUUGUUGGGGAAUUGUUGUAUCAUGGCGAAGAUUCAGGGAAGGUGUUUUGCUGGGAGUUGCCAGACUGAGCAACGAUUUAUCGUGAGCAUGGAGGCUUAGGUUGCACUAGACACAUUUUUCACAUUGUAGAGUAAUUUAUACCGCACAUUCUAACUAUGUAUCAUUUGUGGCAUUCAAUGCUGUGAAGACUCAUCUAGCCUC